AUGAUUAGUGAAACCACUGAGCAAAUAAAGAAAAUCCGUAGUCAAAUGCUUGUGGCUCAAAGCCGUCAGAAAAGCUAUGCUGACCAAAGGCGGAAGCCUUUAGAAUUUGAGGAAGGAGAACAUGUCUUCCUGAAGGUUACUCCGACCACUGGAAUAAGGAGAUCCAUCAAAACUAAGAAGUUAAAUCCCCGUUAUAUUAGGCCGUUUGAAAUCCUGAAGAGAAUUGGACCAGUGGCGUAUAGGAUCGCUUUACCACCACAUCUUUUGAGCCUGCAUGAAGUGUUUCAUGUAUCGCAGCUUCAUAAAUACACUUUUGAUCCUAGUCAUGUCCUAGAACCGGAAUCAGUCCAAGUGAGAGAAGAUCUGAUGCUUCCAGUAACUCUGGUUAAGAUCAAUGAUACCAGCAUUAAGCGUUUACGCGGGAAAGAGGUUUCUUUUGUGAAAGUAGCUUGGAGCUGGGCUGGAAUUGAAGAACAUACCUGGGAGCUUGAAUCCGAGAUGCGGAAGGAUUACCCACACCUCUUUUCAGAUGGUGACAGCGUGGAUGAAGAGUGA